AUGCUGCGGUUCCUGCGCCGGACCUUUGGCCGCCGCUCCAUGCAGCGCUACGCGCGGGGCGCGGCUGGGCGCGGGGCCGCCGCCGGGCUGGGGGACGAGCGCGACGGGGGACCGCGCGGGGGCCCGGCCGCCGCCGCCGCCUCUUCAGCUUGCACGCUGCCCGCUGCGCCCGGGGGCAGCGUGUUCCCGGCCGGCGGCGGGCCCCUGCUCACGGGCGGCGCGGCCGUGCACAUCUCCGCCGCCGGCGCGUCCAAGGCCACCCUGUACUGCCGCGUCUUCCUGCUCGACGGGACCGAAGUCAGCGUGGACCUGCCGAAAUAUGCCAAAGGCCAGGAUUUGUUUGAUCAGAUUGUGUACUACUUGGAUCUGGUGGAAACAGAUUACUUUGGUCUCCAGUUCCUUGACUCCUCCCAGGUGGCGCAUUGGCUGGAUCAUUCCAAACCCAUCAAGAAGCAGAUGAAAAUUGGACCUGCUUAUGCUUUGCAUUUUCGAGUUAAAUAUUAUUCUUCAGAACCGAACAAUCUUCAUGAAGAGUUUACAAGGUACCUGUUUGUUUUACAACUCAGGCAUGACAUUCUUUCAGGAAAAUUAAAAUGCCCGUAUGAAACAGCUGUGGAAUUGGCUGCUCUCUGUCUACAAGCUGAGCUGGGCGAGUGCGAGCUUCCAGAACAUACACCAGAGCUUGUGUCUGAGUUUCGGUUCAUCCCAAAUCAGACAGAAGCAAUGGAGUUUGACAUCUUCCAGAGAUGGAAAGAGUGCAGGGGAAAGAGCCCUGCCCAGGCGGAACUCUCCUAUCUGAAUAAAGCGAAGUGGCUGGAGAUGUAUGGUGUAGAUAUGCACGUUGUCAGGGGAAGAGAUGGCUGUGAAUAUUCUCUUGGACUGACUCCAACAGGCAUAUUAAUCUUUGAAGGAGCUAACAAAAUAGGCUUAUUCUUUUGGCCCAAAAUCACCAAAAUGGAUUUUAAAAAGAGCAAAUUGACCCUGGUGGUGGUAGAAGAUGAUGAUCAGGGCCGGGAGCAAGAGCACACUUUCGUAUUCCGACUGGAUAGCGCUCGAACCUGUAAGCAUCUCUGGAAAUGUGCAGUGGAGCACCACGCCUUCUUCCGCCUGCGCACCCCUGGAAACAGCAAAUCCCAUCGGUCUGAUUUCAUGAGGCUGGGUUCCCGUUUCCGAUUCAGUGGGCGCACAGAAUACCAGGCUACCCAUGGCUCCAGGUUAAGAAGAACUAGCACCUUUGAGAGGAAGCCAAGCAAGCGCUACCCAUCCCGGAGACAUUCCACCUUUAAAGCGAGCAACCCGGUGUUAGCAGCCCAGCUCUGUUCUAAAACAAAUCCUGAAGUCCAUAAUUACCAGCCUUUCCAUCCCAGUGUGCACCCCAGCCAGCCUCGGUGGCACCCGCACUCUCCAAAUGUCAGCUACCCGCUCCCUUCCCCAGGGCUCAGCAGUGUCGACAGGCUGCCUUUUGGCAUUGAGGAGAAUGGGGGUACACCCUUUGCUACCAAAGCUUCAGGAAGGCACCACCAUCACCACCAGCACCAGCACCACCACCAGCACCAACCAAACUACGGCCUCUCGCUGACCCUGGAGAAUAAGGAAGGGCCUCUGAGGUCCCCUAAUUCCAGCAGCAAAUCCCUUCCAAAACUGAGUCCAGGCACUCCUGCCCUUUACAGCGAAGCUGCUGCCCAUCUAAAGAAGUUGGAACUGGAAACUGUGAAGGCCGCUGGAGCCUGGCCUGCUCUACACAUCAACAUAAAUAAGGCUGAAGAAAAGAAAGUCUCAGAGAAGACACUGCAGACCCCACUACUGCCUUCCCCCGUGGCUGACCAUGUGAAAUGCAACAUUCUGAAGGCCCAGCUGGAGAACGCGUCUCGAGUUAGUGCCCAGGUUGGAAAGGAGGAAUCAACGUUUAUAAAUAUCAAUAAGAAAUCCAGUCUUCAGGAUGCUAAUGUAAGGAGUCCCAUUCCUAUACAUGUGGAAACAGCCCAACCAGCAGUGGAAAAGCCAGAAAUCAAGCCUCCCCGAGUGAGGAAGUUAACAAGACAGUACAGUUUUAACCGCAGUGAUGAAGACGACCUCCCUCCAGACCUGGCCGAAGCAGUUGGAGUACCAACCACUACCACUACCAUCACCACCACCGCUGCCACCACCCCAGUCUCAGCUCCACUGGCAUCCCCCCAGGGCCACCGGGUCAGCUCACCUCAGAACUCAGAAGGCAAGAGCCAGCUGUCCCCAGGGGUCAAGAGCCCCUCUGACCAAGGAGGUGCCUUUACCUUGGAGCCCGGCGAUCUCCUGAUGGAUUUCACGGAAGCUACUCCUCUGGCAGAGCCCGCCAGCGCCCCCUACUGUGCCCACUCUCGCUGUUCUCCUCCACUCUCUCUCCCCAUGAAGGAAGAGACCACUGGAGUUUGCAUGCACCCUCCAAUCAAAACGAGGCUGAUAAAAACAUUCCCAGCUGAUACAGUGACCCCGUUUCCUGAACCUUUCAUCACAGGCCCACAGUUUACUGCCGAUUUCAGAGACAGUAAAUUACCAUGCUGUCCUGGCCAGUCCUCCCCACUGAUUCCAGCCGCAACCCUGAGGCCUUUGGCAGAGACUGUGACCACAGUGCAGACCAUCUACGGCAUGCGGAAGCCUGUCUCUCUGGCUGCCAGUGCAGAGACGCUCCGGCAAGAACUGGAGAGAGAGAAAAUGAUGAAAAGACUGUUGAUGACCGAACUGUGAAAUUCUCCCCUGUUGCCUGGAGGAUGGCAUGGUGCCUUCUGUCCGUUUUCUUUCUUCGGGCUUUGUGUGCUCCCUCUAGCACAACAUAAACUUGUGUGCUCUGUUCGCCAGGGUAUCCAUGGUUCAUUGAAGCCAGAUUUUGGCUCGAAUUCAGAAAAGUUAUUUUCUGUCUCCUGAGUAUUAGUGUUUCUACUACUCAGUGUAAAUGAGGCAGGAUUUGGUAUGCCCAGGAAAACAAAGAUGAGAAAACAGGGAUUUCUUUUCAGAAGUUUCUGUGUGUAUAUACUAAUAACCACAGGGUCACAUGGCAUGGAAUCCUUUAUUAUCAAUCUCAAACCAUGUGAUUUUGUAUGACUGAAAAUUGCACCAAGCUUUGACUGUUUGUUAGAGUCAUUUUUAAUGAGAGAAUAACUCUUUAAUGCUGUUUUUUUUUUUUCAUUUAGACUGGUAAAUACAAGGUCCUUAACAUUCAUUUUUAUUCAAACAUGAGUAGAUGAACUAAAACAAGUUGCAGUCACCAAGACUGAAGAUAAUUCAGCUUAAUAGAAAUAUCAUUUAAUAGUAAAUUUGUUGAAUACAACAUUUGGGAUAAAUAGAAUUUAUCUGUCAUUCAUUCCAACAUAGGAAAUUAUGAUCAAGUUGUCAAAAAAAUUCUUCCAAGGUUAAAAUGAUCCAGUUUCCAGAUUCAUUUGGAUGUUCCAUCAAAGGAAAUUAUUUCUAAAGUUGCUCAAUUCAUGUCCUAUUGAUAGAAACUUGACCAGAAGAAAUUUUGCUCUUUUUAUAUAGUUUCAAGAAGUGUGUUUUUAAAUUUUUAUUAUGCACUUGAACAACUUUGCAGGAAUAAAGGAACCCCCUAGCCACACACAGCCCCUCUAAAUCUUGUUUUCCAAGUUUUCUCAAUGAAUAUGCACACAUCUUGACGUAUCUCCAAUCACUGUGUACAUACUCUUUGGUUAGAUUUUUCUCACCUAAAAUUAUCCCCCCUUACCAACACAGAUUCUACUCUGGAUGAUUUAAACAUCUUUCUAUGUAUGUAACACGGUUAAUCUUAUUUCUUUCCAUUAUUAGAUUUAUUUCCAAGGUUUUCCCCUCAUAAACAGUGCUGCUAUGAAUGUCUUUGUAAAAAAAAAAAAUGAAGUUGUUUCCUUUGAAUUCUUUCCUUUGGACUAUCUCCAAAGGGUAUUUGACAAGAUGAAAGAGCAUGAACUGUUUUAUAGCUCUUGUUUUCAUAUUGCCGGACUGCUUUCUAGAAAGAUCCAAUCUCUGGGUUGGAAGGAUCUUAAAGGUCAUCUAAUUCAACCCUCCCUCCCCUCUGAAUGCUUGAAUCCCCUCGACAAUUUAUGAUGCCACCAGCAAUGUAUAAGCAUUUCUAUUUACAGAUAGCUUUGCCAGGAUUGAGUUUUGCCAUUUUAAUUUAUUUUCACUAGUGGAAUAGGUGUGUGUAGUUGUGUCGAGAGGUUGUUUUAUUUCAUGAAUUGCUAGCAAGGCUUAGCACUUUUCCAUGUGAAUUUCCUAGCUGUAUUUCUUUGUGUAUAAAAUGUCCAUCCAUUUCUUAUGACCACUUGUUAAGUGGAAUUGAUCUCGUAUAUUUGUAUCAGAAUUGUAUUUUUAUGUUCUACUGUAUAGUUUGCUCUCCUGUCCCCUAUUCUUAAAACUGAAUGGUGCCAAUAAUUUGAUACUAAUGAUUAUUUAAAAAAAAAAAAGAAAUGCCUCAUUUACUAGCAUUGUUGCAAAAGGAGGCAUAUAAACACAUAUUCAGAUAACAGAGGAAUAACCCUUUUAAGUGCUGAAUCUAAAACAUUUUAAUAUUUUUUGAGGGAAAUCUUUCUAAAAAUGGAUCCACCAACGUCCCUGCCUUAGGACACAGAGUAUCCUGGAGAGUAUUUAACCUUUUCAUGAUGAGACAUGAUCAUCAUCAUCAUCAAAAUCAGCUUCCACAUGUACCUACGCGUGAUGCAGUGAUGUCCUCACAGCUUUGCCUUCGUAUGGGUCAUGAUGCUUUUGCUCGUGGCUGGAUUUUGCCCACAUGUCUGCUCUCUCGGUGAGACCAUUGGGGCCAUGGCAGUGUUGGAGACCUUUUAUUCCACACUACGUGACCCCUGGCUGUUCUUUUUAAAAAAGCUUUCUCUGUUUCUUCUCCCGUGCACAUGCUACCAAAACGUGUUCCUGUACAAAAUGGGAGAGAUACCUGUGUCUGGGGUCGUCGCCUCUUUCUAUAGCACUCUCCUCGUCCGACCUGCUUUUGGAGUCUUCUGCUUUUCACCCUGCUGGAUGAAAGCGAUGGCCUUUUUUUUUUUUUUUUUAAACUCUGGGAAGCCCAGAAACCCCUCAUGGCUUCCAUGUCAGGUGGGCCUGGCUUCUGAGGAGAGUGCAUGGGCUUUGUGGCUGCAGUUUUCAGGAGGUGCUGUGCCUCCUGUGCUCUUCUUCCCACCUCCCUCUGGGUUCACAGAUGUUCCCAAAGGUCGAUGUAUGUCACUGGAAGUCUGCUCAUAAUUAAGUUGGCUGUUGUUACUGUGUAUGAAAACCUAGUACCUUUGGCAGCUCACCUCUAACCAGUAAAACCAAGAGGAUUCCUUCUAUUGUUUCCACA